GCGCUUUCUCGCGUACAGCACUACGAACAUUUCCCUGACGAAACGCGUGGUGUGCCAACCCGAAACGCGGGUUGGACGCAAUAAGACAUUUUCGUGUCCCAAAUUGCUGAAUUCGUUGAAACAACUGUGCAUUUAUAGUUAGUGGUGUGUAUACACCAUCACCGAUCUCUCAAAAUGUCGGACAAAUUCGACACGAAAGUUAUUCAGGUGACGAAUGUCGCGCCGACUGCGACAAAAGAUCAAAUGAAAACUUUGUUCGGAUUCAUCGGUAGGAUCCGCGAGUUGAAAAUGUAUCCCCCAGAUUCUGAUGUACAAGUGUCUGCCCGAGUUUGCUAUGUUGAGUAUGAUGAAACAACCCACGUGGGCGUGGCUUUACAUCUUACAAACACUGUCUUCAUCGACAGAGCACUCAUUGUCGUGCCAGUCAUGGAUGGGAAGAUCCCAGAUGAGGGAAAGGCGCUCCAGCUGACACCCCAGGCGGUGGCCGGGAUGUUUCCUGGUCAGCCCACCUGGCCCAGCAACGUCACCAGUCAGAUAUCUGGUACUGGCAUCAACCAGGUGAUCAACACGACGGAUCCCCGGCUGACGGCCCUGGGCCUCACCCAGUAUCCUUCCCUCCCAGCCUGCACUGACCCCACCAAGGUGGAGGAGAUACGCCGGACAGUGUACGUCGGCAAUCUCGACACUACGGUGACCUCAGAGCAGCUGUUGAACUUCUUCGGCCAGGUGGGCGAGGUGAAGUAUGUGAGUAUGGCCGGGGAUGAGAACCAGCCUGCCCGGUUUGCCUAUGUGGAGUUCACUGACCAGCGCUCUGUGGCCACGGCCCUCACCUACAAUGGCGUGAUGUUCCAGAGGAGGCCUCUUAAGGUGAUGCAUUCCAAGUCUGCCAUCGUGAAGCCGCUGACAAAGUCGCAGGAGGCGUCUCAGCGUGAGAUUGAGGAGGCCAUGAAGAAGGUGAAGGAAGCUCAGUCUCUCAUUGCAGCCGCAGCAGGAGGUAAGACGCCACACAGAAGACGAGACAGAAGAAGCCGCUCACGAUCUCGGUCAAGAUCGAAAGGUCGCAGCAGAUCCAGGUCACGGUCGAGACGGAGAUCAAGGUCCAGGCGAUCACGAUCUCGGAAAAGAUCCAGAUCUCGCCGUAGAUCUCGUUCACGGAAACGUAGCAGAACCCCUAAACGCAGGUCAAGGUCAACAUCAAGGACAAGACGAAGAAGGCGAUCGAAAUCAAGGUCUGGGAUAGCCCCGCCUGUUGUGGUAUCGCGGAGGUCAAGGUCACGUGAGAGGAGGAAGUCACGAUCUAGAUCUAAGUCAAAGCAGCAGAGCAGGUCACGGCGAUCUCGUUCCAGAAAGAAAUCGCGAACACCUCCGAAAGCUUUCAGCAGCAGAAGAUCGAGAUCAAGGAGUCGGCGUAAGAGUCGAUCUCGUAGUCGGCACAGGUCCAAGUCCAAGUCCAAGUCCCGCGAGAAGAAAAAAUCAGUGUCCCGUUCCCCAUCCCCUCCUAAGCUGGAGCGAGAGUGCUCCAUACCCGCAAACAAAGGUGAUGGUGGGGACUCGCCGCCAAGACGGUCGAGAAGUCCCAGCUCGAAGCCAAUCAAGGUUGAACCGACCAGCAAGAGUGUGACUGCCAGUGAAUCUAAAUCCUCCAAACCGAGAUCAUCAAGUGAGCGACGUAGCAAAAGUCGCAGCCUAACCCCUAAGAAAAGGUCGACCUCCAAGCGGAGGUCAAGUCGCAGCCCAAAGAAGAGUUCCAGACGUUCAAGGAGCCCAAGACGAAAAUCAAGGUCACCAAGUCGUAAGUCCAAGAAAAGUCGCCGAAGCAGAUCCACGUCUCGACGUCGCUCGCGGUCUCGAAGUGGGUCAAGGCACAGGACAAAGAAGGAAAAGAAGAGAGACCGUGAUAAGAGCCGGGACAGAAGUAGAGAUCGAGAACGUAAUCGUGAAAAAGAACGAGAGAAGGAACGCAAAAGUAAAAAAAGUCGAGAUAAGGAGAAGGAGCGAGAGAAAAAGGACAAGGACAAGGAUAAGGAUACAAAAGUAAAACGGGACUACGAUGAGGAAGAGAAGGGCUUCAACAGUGGAAGUGAAGAGAAGAAAGAGCCGAAAGCUGCUGAGCCUGAAGAUGCAAACAAGGACAAACCUCCGGUACUUUCAGCAGGCGAGGAGUCUCCGCCUCCCCCGCCUCCACCCAAUCCUCCACCUUCAUCCAAGGAUCUGGACUCCAACCAGCAGCAGGUCGACAUGGAGAUGAGUGACUAAAACAACCACUCAUAUCCUACAUCGCACAUUGUUGUCAGUGCACAGGUGGCGCUCUCGAGACCUGUUCCAUCAUGACCUUGAUGGACUGUUGGUUGUUCCAGGACACCUUGACCGAGUAGGGUGGUGGUUACAUCCAGUGCAUUACGAGGCUGAGGUAUGAAGUGAUACUCCAGCAAAUGUGUUCUGUCGCUGAAGAUACUGUUGAAUGCCAUACUGAUGUCAGUUUUUGACAGAAGAUGUGACUUCACGAUUGAACAUUUCAGGCUUGUUUCCAUGCAGUUUUGGAUAUAAAAUACAGAAUAUUAAAAUUUGAAACAUGACUGACGAAGUAGAAAUGAGAAAACAUGAUUGCUUUAACACCUUAUUUAGGAUAAGGGAUACAAUGGUGUAAUUCUGACAUUCUGGUUUAUGUACACACCUUUAUGAAUGUUUUUCCUAUUUGUUUGGUUCUGUAGUUGACAUAUGACAUGAUCAUUCUGUAAAUCUUGUAUGUUUUAGUUGCAUGACAAUUUCUGAUGUACUUACCUAACAUCUCCAGUUCAGUAUUCAUCAGUCACAUGUCAAAUUUAAGUUGAGUAUAUGAGUAAAAAGUUCUGCAACCUCAGCAAUUGUGGCACUGGAAAGCUUUGCCAAUGAGCAACUGGUCAAUCUGAGAGAUACUCCAAGAAUGUGAAUUCCAUUGCACACAUUGCUGUUUUAUGGAUGUUCCUUGAUGCCUGGGCAGUGCUUGUAUAACCAUUUAGAUCUGUGAAACUGUAGCAUUGAACAUCAUACAUUUUGCAAUGCAUUGUAUCAAAUAUUUGAAAGUAAAGGUUAAUUAUCAUUAUGUAAACAUGCCUCUAUCCCUAAAAAACUUAAGAAAAAAAACUGUGGAGUCAAUUGAUUUUAUUUAUUAUGUGUCCAGAAAAGUACAGAAUAAACAUUCAUUGCUAGACUUUCGAUCAUCAUUAUAUACCAUAUAUGCAUUUGUCUUAGUUGUCUUAAUCACAGUGACAUUUUACCCCAAAUAAAUACAUCGGAUCAGA